AUGAAGCCAACGUACCUAGGACUUUCAGCCGUUGGCUGGAAUUUGAUGCUGAAUUCGUGGUGGGAUAAACUCAUAGCGGGAUUUUUGCUAGCCAGCAUCGUCCUGGGCUCCCUAUAUGUGCUGUAUCGGAUCUGCUACAAAGGCAUCGAAAUUUGGCGAGAACGCCACAGACAAGUAGUCGUACCCGGUGCCGUGGCGCGAUACCUGGAACGCCUGAACAGCAAUGGAAAGAGACUUUCAUUACAGACUAAAGCGGGAGAAAAGCCCAAUUCCUUCGGAGUAUUUCUUGGAAGUUUUGCCAAUCCACCGACUGUGUCACAAACAAAGCUGCUGUCCAAAUGGGAUGUUGUUGUUCUCGAUCCUCUCCAGGAAGGGGUGUUGAACGCCCUUUCGACAACGCACGCUACUUCAACGCACAAACUGGGGCGAAUCGAUCUGCGCGCGCUCGCAGAGUCAAGCGCGAGCUCGAGCAGCGAGGAGGUGAUCCGGGUUCUGUCUUCUCUCUCGGAACUGCUGGCCGCACAAUUCCAGAGCCAGACGCAUAUGCCAUUCACGGGAGUUCUAUUGGCAGGCUUCAGGGCACAUCUUCAACCCGUCGUUCUGAAUAAGACGGCAACAUAUGUCAGGAGCCUUGGCCUGGAUCUCUGGCUCGAGAUUGAUACGUCGCCCCUGGAAUGCCUGACCCAAAGUGAAUGUCGGGAAAUCCAGAUGGACCUGGUCACAGGCCUUGUCUAUCGCAACGGAACGAUCAGACGCGAUGGAGACCGAAAAAACUAUUUCCAUAUGAACGAGAUGCGAACAGCUAUGAGAGCGAUAGCUGCGCAGCGCUCACGGUCGCUAAUGAUGAUGUGGGAGACGAUCGACGAUGGGGUGAAGCCGCAGUAUGCCGUUGUGCAACGCAGCUUUAUCUGGUCUGAAUUCAAUAGCGCCCUGUGCUGGAUAGGAUCCGCAGGCUCAUUGACCAACGCAGAUACUGCUGCUAUACACACUGUCGAUUCCAAACCUCUUGGAAGUCUCAUGUGGUUGAAGGACGAAAACGUGAUGAAAGCCCAUAACUUUUGGCGAGCGAAUGAUCAGAUAUCCGAGACCUCACGGGGCCAUCAAGCUCUUUACGAUUCGUUGGACUCCUUGAUCCCUGGACUAGCAGCCAAAUUACAAUUGUACCCUCCUAAUAACAGCGGCAGCGCCGAGUUCGGAUCCGGAAGUGGUAUCGUGAAUCAUCGACAGUCAGAUCACAGUUAUUCGCAGCCCCAUCCGUUAUCUGCAUCUGCUGGAGGCGAAGACUUUACCGGCUUGGGCUCCUUCCAUUUAGGUUUGGAAGUUGCUCCACAAGAGUUUGGAGACCUUCUUCAGGCACAACGCCAUCUCAAAGAACUUAAUUUGUUACAACAAAUCGAGAUAGGCGAAGUAAAAGGCUUUUGUGAACAGAUAAGAGCUCUGUAUGAAUCAAAAGGAUCUGAAGCCAUCGACUCCGACACGACACAGGCGAUCUCCGAAUUGCUGGAUCUCCUCACCGUCAGCGAUGAUCAUGGCAAACCCCGCAUCCAGAUCUAUGCUGGCCUGCACUCAGGAUUCCAGACAGGUCCGAAGGUCCAGUUCUGGGGUCUGUACGAUUUCGAGCCGAGUACGGGUAUUCUGAAUAUAUACCUAUCGGACAAGUCACAGGACCGUCUGGGUACUUUGCUCCACACUUUCCUCUCAAGUCGAGGAUGUAGCCGAACCGAAUGCUUUCUUGCCGAAGUAGCUCUAUCUGAACUGAACCAGACUUUAUCCAAGACAUGGCAGCUUCCACCUCGCAUCGUCUAUGACCUGGAGCAGCUUUCGCCAGAAGAAACCAUCUUAUUCCUUCGACGCCUGGUUUUGUCAGGGCAUGGAUAUGACUUCCUGUUAUUAGCCAAGAUUCGGGCCUGCUGCGAAUACCAACUCAUCGAGGUCCCGACGUUGUCGCAGCUCAGAACCAUGGCAUCCACAUCGCAUCUCGGUGGCGAAAUAUCAAAUUCAGAUCUGGUGAUGGCCCGCUUGAACUUCCUUGGGGAGAAAGGAUGUUGGCUUCCUGCCCAUGCCGCCGCCAUCUCACUAUUUGAAGAGAUCGAUGCUCGCGUGCACGAAGUUCUCAUGAACUGUGAAACGGCAAUCCUUGCCCAGAUUGGUGUGGUUGUCCAGACAAUCCUGCAGGACGAUCAGGUUGACGCUGGCGCCGACAUACUCGCUCUAUCUCUGUUCUCUGCAUUCCGCAAGCUCGCACUCGAUGAGAUUCUUUUGGAGAUCCUGGAUAGAAACCCCCUUCCCAACCAUGCAACGGACGCUGCAGGUUGCUUUGCCGAGAAUUUUGCCCUCGGUUCCCGUUGUGAUUCAUUCUUCGACAUGACAACCAGAGACCUUGGAAGGAUCCUCUCACGCAGAUACAGGACUUACUACACCAAGUAUCAGCCACCGCGGCGCGAAGAGGGCUUCACUGACCUCCCAUCUGCCUACGCGCCUAUGCAGAUCGACUUGGAUCCCAAGGACGGUCAAGAAGAUGUUCCCGCAUACUACAAGAUCACUUUCCUGGGGAUCUUCGCUGUACCGGCACUUAUUGAUAUCAUGUUACUUACCACAGUAGGCCGAGGCCUCUACCUGACCACCUUCAUGUCCUCGACAGAGAAGACGAUGGCCACCACGGCACUCAUGUUUGCGCUUCUGGCAUGUGGAGCGGUGGGCUCCUGGAUUUCGUCGGGAGGAAGUUACUACCUCUACGCCAACGCUUUCCCAGCAAUGAAUAUGUUCGUUCUCACUCGCUUCGUUGCUGGACUCGCAAUCGUCAUCAUGGUCGAUAUAGGUGGAUUCAUAGCCGUCGCAUUCAUAAGGAGUCCCGUGGCUGCGCUCGUCUUCUGCUUCUACUUUUCAAUGCUUGCGACCUACCUCAUGACGCUCUCGGCACUCUCCAUCUAUCAAGUUCCAGGAUCGAGUUUCCAGUCUGGGCGGACUGUUAUCAUGUACUGCAUCCCAAUCCUAUUCAUCGCGCCCGUGGUGACCUUGUGGACCGGUCAUGAUCUCGCCGUAUACGUCUGCUUUCUGACCAUUUUCCUGUAUUCUCUUCUUUACGGAGCUCGGAGGACAAUGUCUCAAUGGAGCACUUGGUAUCUCAACAUACCUUUUGUUACGGAUGCCGAGGUUGUCAGCUGGUACAUUGCAACGAGAGCAGAAUGCGGCCAGGUUGAAGACAUUCAAGAAGUCGGAACAGGGCCGUACCCAAGGAUGGCACUUCAUGCUGCCGUUCUUGCAGAAUGCAACCGACAUUUCUGGACCAAGCCGACGUCGAACCCGCUCGUCGCCAAGCUUGCGGAAGGUUAUCAUUCCACCAUGUUUCUCAUGCGCUGGUUCUGCAGGUUCAAGAGGACUAGAAUGCCAUUGCCAUACAGCGCGACCUGGAAUCUCACCCUGAAAGCUGCCUACGACAACAUGGGUAACAUGCAGAAAGGUCUCAAGCUGCACAGUGCUUUUCUCCACUGGCGUCAUACCGGCGACGACAUCUGGUCCGGGGUGUUGUAUUUUGUCGUUGCGCUCCUUGAUAAAUGGGCGGCACUGGUCUCGGGCGGCUCCCUCGUAGGUCUCUCGGCUGCAAGUAGUGAGCAAUACCGCCUCGCAGUGGGCUUUGGAUUAUGCUAUUAUCUCAUCGGUGCGGUGUCUCUGGAUGCCGUCUCCCAGCCUCUAUGGACCGCGGCGAACCAAGCAACGAAUCAGCCCAUCACUUCCUUGAAGUUUCUCCACGAAGCUGGGAUCAACGAUAGGAGGGCGAGACGAGCACUUUACUGGAAGUCAUUAGCGAAGUUCUUCUUCAUGCACAUCUGGGGAAUCUCAAUCACGUCUGCCCUCAUGUGGGUAUUUGAGGCGUCGAAAGGUGCAUCCAUCAUGUUCUUGGCCUACGUUUUUGCUUACGUUGGGCUGCUUCUCUUCCAGUACAAUAAGAUUUACUGUGCAACCGCAUCGGCAAAGUGUCUCGGUGUUGCGUUCGUUAUUGGUUUUCCAGCCGGGAUUACCCUCCACGUCUAUCUGCCGUAUUUUGCUUAUGGCGGAGUCAUCGGUUUGUCCAUUGGGACGUGGAUAGCGGCAGCGUACUCGAUGUGGCUGUCCGAUAUCGGUUGGCCCGGACUUUUCAACUCGAAAUGUACAUAUGGCAAGCUCCCGACGGACGACGACAUGGAUACGAAGCCAACACCCGUAUCCUACUCUGUCAGCGCCUUAGAACCUUACCCUGAAAUUUCUCAAGCAACUUUGUCGCAGAUGUUUGACUUCGUAUGUGCUCUUCCAGCUGAGCAACGCUUCCUACUUGAGCCGGCCCAGCACCCUGGCGCAAAUGUCUUGCAACAUCUAAUAGCACAGAGCAGGGCGACACAUGCCGAGAUUUUGCAAAGUGCCUUUCCCUCAGCAGGAGCGCUAGUCGAGCGAAGUGCAGAACUCUGGAGGACCGGCAAGAUAACUGUCGAAUUGGUAUCCGGAGAACACCUACCGCAGCAAGAACAAAAGAUCCGGACCAUCAGCCGUUCAAUAGGUGACCGGCUGCAUCUCUUUGUCGUCCUCGGUCUUGAUCGAGAAGGUAACGAAUGGACUCUCAACAUCCACCGAAACUUCAAGGUGAUCGGGGAGGCUAUUUUCCAGGCUACGGCAGAAUCUCAAUUUGGGUUUUCGCACGAUCAUUCGAUGCUGGCCGAACUCCUGGUCGUGGGCAAUUCUGGUAGCGAUGAGCUGGCACUUCCAGAGGGUCUCAAACGUCAACUUGAGACUUCGGCCACCGAACGUUCUCGGAUCAUCAACAAUGGGGAUCGGACGCUUCUUCGCUACCUACUUCUCGGCAUAGAUUGCGAACGCGAGUGGGACAAUUUGCCCCGGCAAGUCCGAUCUUUCCUGCUGAGACGAUGUUGCGGACAAUCUGAGCCUAUUACCUCUGUGGAAGAGGCUUGGAUCCGUACGCAAAUUUCUCCAUCGGAUUGCAUAGAACCCGAAGAGUACGUCGCUCGUUGUGAUCUGGGAGCCUCUCUCACAGUAUCUGUCUACUCCUUCGCCAAGUCACGCGAAGAUCUCAGCGGGGUCUUCAGCGAGAGUGAGCCAGAGUAUCCCGAUUUAAGCAAUGCGAGGCUUCUCGGCUCUGCCUCUUCUUCGGUCGCGAAACAACCACGCUCGAUUGCUGGGAUCCUGACACGGUGUGUCGCUGCCCUCUACCAUAAUGUGCGGAUCUGUGUCAAGUUCGUAUGCCUUUCGCUUACCGCCGACCCGGAGUAUCAACGAGAAUUGGACUACACGAUGCGUGCCAAACCUGCUUUCGUAAGAUGGCCGACGAACCUCUUCCUGAACGGAAUCUGGUCUUUCUGCAAAAUAUUGCAGGGGCUUGUCCUGCCAAUGGUGAUGUUCCACGGCCGCGAGAAGGUUUAUAAGCUUCAUAGCGACAUGAAGGGUAUGAAGACCGUCAUCGAGAAGAACAGGAUCGUCAUCGAAGGCCUCGGUGGUUCUUCCACUUGUUUCUUGACGGUGCAGCCAGAUGGUAGCAGGCGCCUUAGUCAAUAUACCGGCCAGCACGACAGAGAGCCCACCGAUCCCACAACUCUCAUGGCCGUCAAUACAUAUACUGACAAGCUGAUCCUGCGUCAGAGAGAAGAGUUUCGAAGUGCGAACGUGAUCAACUUGUUCGUAUACGACUAUCCUCAAGCUCGGAAGGGAUCAAAUGGAAAGCUACCCAUGCAGCGUCAGUGUCUCAAGGGAGACCUCACUGGACAAAUCGUGCAAUAUGAUGAGAGAGGUUACAUCACCACCGGAUCGUACUUCAGAGGCGUAAACCCUGUCAACUUCACUUACUGGUACCGAAACUCAGCCAGAUUUGAAGACGAGCUUCUCAGGGGCGAAUUUGUCCUCCCUCACAUCACAAUCCGGGUAUCCUGGUCCAUGCCGGGCCGGAAACACCCCCAGAGGCUGGAAGAAUGGAUCCCCUUCGCAAAAGUCACGGAAGCGACUUUCAUCCAGGGCUCGGAUGUCCAUCAUGCAUCAUGGACAUAUGAGCACAAGUCUCAUCCGGAAAUCUCGACUACUCUGAACGGCGAGUUGGUUGCAACCCCUCCCAUGAUACACGAGGACUGGUUCUCCGUUCUCAAGAAGCCGGAGAGAUGUGGCUUCUUAAACGACAACCCGCUCCUUCCAUUCUCUACAAUCAAGUCGAACCUCGUGUGGCGCCUGCUUGGUCUGAACAUCAAGCGCUAUCCGAUUUCUACCGCUCAGGCUAGAACCCAUCUAUGGAAAACGUGGAAAGGAGGCAAGGAAAUCGACGCUGUCACAGCAAGAUGGCUUGAUGAAGGUCUCCUGAGAUCAGACCGUGUUCUCAGAACGUACUGGAGAAACCGAGAUUGGGGCCGACAUGACGCUGCAAGAGACUACCUUGAUGCACAGGCGGAUACCAUCAUGGCCCGAGUCGAUGUUGAUCCCGAAGUCUCCUCGUGGGUACACAUCGCGUUCAAGAUUAGUGAUUACUACUCUAUGGGGACCGGUGGAGACUCUAGAAUUAACACCAGGACUGUCGAAACCCAGCUCCGAGAUAGCGACGAGGAGCUCCACAUCCUGGCCAUGGAUACAUCGACGUGGCCUAACGAACCCGGUGGCGUUUCCGCCUGCCGCAGGGAUAUGGUCAACGAUCUCAAGACUAUCAGAUGGCACGUUGUCGCCGAAUCUGCGAAUGAUUACGGAGUACCCAAAUUUCAGAUCGAAAGGAAUGUACAAUCCCUCACCAUCAUCCCUCAGUGGGGCUUGGAUUUCCUCAACCCGACUCACGGGGUAUUCCGGAACAUCCUCGAUUCAGCAGUUGUGCAAAGAUCCUACGACACGCGAACUGCUGACAUCAAAGCCAACUUCCUGCCCAUUCUUACCAGCUUGGUCCGGACUUCGAGAACACUCCACCUGAACCGUUUGCAUAUCGAAGAGGCUACGAAGGCAUUGUGCGAUCUGAACACCUAUUUCGAGUCGUCGCGAAACUGGAAUGAUGUCUGGGACAGCGAGAUUGUCAAGCAGACUUGGAGAGAGUUGUGGUUGGAUGAAGAUAUGCCAGAUACUUUGCCAGUAUCGAAGUGGUGGGACUUCGAAAAGCCAACAAUGCUGCAGAUGGAUCAAGCUCUUGACAUGUGGCAUCGAUACCUGUUUAUAUUCUCGAUCCCCGUCCCAGAAAAGAUCCCCGAUGUGUUUCAAGCGUCGCAUCAUUUUACCGGCGCCGGCUAUGGAAUUGUUUGCAAGGUCAAGAGACACUGUACCUUGCACGUCUGGGAUCAUUGUAUCAGUUUCCGUGAGCUGACAAACUUUAUGUCCUCCGCGGUAUCGUUUGACACUCCUUUCAUCAACAGUUCUCUGAUCUCUCUGGGCCACAUGGGCUGUGUCUUGCUCGAGCACCACGCAGACGUCGUCCUUCCUUGUGCCGCCUACUUCAAUCCUGGCUGGGAAGUUGAGCUGGGGUCCGCCGAAGGGAAUCUGGAACACCGCCGUACCUUCGCCCGCAAGAUCGAUCCCGUGGUCAAUGGUAUCUGCAACAUGGAAAAGUUCGAGCCGAUCCGGAAGCUCAAGACGGAUAAGCCCACAGCUGUCAUGCUGUCUCACGUCCAGUACAUAAAGGAUAUCAAGAACGCGAUCCUCGCCACGGACUUCAUUGUCAACAAAUGGGGCUUUGCGGACUAUAGCCUUCACAUUUACGGCGACAUGGAAAGAGCGGCCAGCUACUCGACCGAAUGUCAAGAACUCAUCGCCUCCAAAGGCCUCCGCGACCACUGCGUCCUCAAGGGUCUCGGCAACCCCUCACUCGUGCUCCAAGACGCCUGGCUCUUCCUAAACUCCUCGCUAUCGGAGGGUCUCCCGCUAGCGAUGGGCGAAGCGGCUCUGACCGGCACGCCAGUGGUGUGCACAGACGUCGGCGCCUCUUUUUGCGUGGUCACCGAUGGCCAGAGUGGGGCCCGCUUCUCGGAGGUCGUUCCCCCUAACGACUCGGAGUCGCUUGCGAGGGCCCAAAUUUCCAUCCUCGCCCUGCUCGGCGGCUGGGCCGCUUACGCUGAUGAUCCGCCGGGCGUGCUCGCACCAGUUCUGUCCUAUCCGCACCCGUCGCCCGCGGAAGUGCAGUGGAUCACGCAGCGGAUGUACGCUAAGACGGACCAGCGUCGCCAGCUGGGUAUGCUGGGCCGCGCGAACGUGCUGCGGAACUUCUCGUCGGAGCGCUACCUGCGCGAGCACGAGCAGAUGCUGUGGAUCGGGAAGUACCGGAGCCGGACGUACCGGGCGCGCAGCAGCGGCAGGAGUUCCACGCGCGCGCCGACCAUCCGCAGCAGCGCCGGAAAGGGCGCGUGGACGCCGGUGGAGAAGGUCGUGAUCACCACGGCUACGCUGGUCCCGCCACUGCGGAGCCCCCGCUUGACACCCGAGACGUGGAGCUUGAGCAGCCAGUCGGCAUCGGAGCGGAGGUCGGGGCGGCUGACGAAGAUGAAGAAAAAUUCGGAGAAGAACCCGUGGGUUCCGUGGGAACCGCCCGAGACAUGA